AACCUGAUUUCUUAUCAUUAGUUUGUUAUCAUUUCACUGGCAUUCAUUUAAAAAUCAAGAAUCUGUACUGACUUUGAGCUUCAUAGGAGACUCGGACUGAUGCACAAAACCGAUUACAAAGAAUUAAAGCGGCUAGUGUUUGAAUCAUAAGAAAGAAAAAAAAAAAAAAAAAACACAAAGAAUGGCGGCAACAAAGGGCAAAUUAUGCGUGACAGGAGCUGGGGGUUACUUAGGUUCUUGGGUCGUCCAGCUUCUUCUCUCCAAGGACUAUAUUGUUCGUGGAACAGUUAGAGAUCCCAAGGAUAAGAAGUAUGCUCACUUGAGCAAGCUUGACAAGGCAUCUGAUAAUUUGAAACUUGUUAAGGCAGACUUACUGGACUACAACUCCCUCAAUGCUGCAAUUCAAGGUUGCACUGGAGUCUUUCAUGUCGCUAGCCCUGUUCCCUCCACCACUGUACCAAAUCCUGAAGUUGAAGUCCUAGAGCCAGCUAUAAAGGGCACGCAGAAUGUUCUUAAAGCAUGUGCUGAAGCAAAGGUUAAGCGAGUUGUUGUUGUGUCAUCUGGAGCUGCAAUAUUCAUGAACCCAAGCUGGCCCAAGAGUAAAAUGAUGGAUGAGACUUGUUGGUCCAACAAGGAAUAUUGCAGAACAACUAAGAACUGGUAUUGCCUUUCCAAGACAGUAGCAGAAACUGAGGCUUUCGAGUAUGCAGAACAAAGUGGGCUUGAUGUUGUAACUGUUUGCCCUACCCUCAUUUUGGGGCCAAUUUUGCAGUCUACAGUCAAUGCAAGUAGCCUGGUUCUUGUUAAGCUUUUGAAAGGAGGAUAUGAGUCGUUGGAAAACAAGCUUCGGCUGAUAGUUGAUGUGCGUGAUGUGGCUGAAGCACUGGCGUUGGUAUAUGAGAAGCCUGAGGCAGAAGGGCGAUACAUAUGCACGGCACAUGCAAUCAAGACAAGAGACCUGGUUGAGAAAUUGAGGAGUCUAUACCCUGACUACAGUUAUCCUAAUAGCUUCACUGAGGAAGGGGAAGAAGACCUUGUGCUGAGCUCAGAAAAAUUGCAGAGACUUGGUUGGAAUACUCGUUCAUUAGAGGAAACUAUUGCCGAUUCUGUGCAGAGUUAUCAAAAGGCUGGAAUCUUGGGUUAAAGAAAGAAAGAUAGAUUUGAUGUAUCAUUUCUGUCACGAGGAUAUUUGGUUUAGAAGCAAUAAUUAAAUAGAGAAAGACUCUGGCAGUGAAGUUCAUAAAAACUUUCCACUUAUGAUUUAUAAAUAACGGGCGUAACUUGGUUCAUUUUGUCA